AUGGCCCAGACCAGCGAAGAGUUCGCUGUUUCUCCAGCAUAUAAAGCGUCCCAAAGCGUUAAAAACUUUACCAAGACUUCACAUAAUGACACAUAUCCCGCCAUUGAUACCAGGGGUUCGCCCGAUUGGAACUGCAAAGGCAAAGCCAUGUUGAUCACCGGCGCCAAUGGUGGCGUUGGCCGAGCAGUCGUGCAGGCCUAUGCUCGGAUGGGAGCGACACAUAUAGGACUUGGUGUGCGGCGUGAUGUCCCUGAUCUGGUCAAGGCAGUCAAAGCAGCGGCCGCGGAGAAAGGCCAUCCAGAGCCAACGGUGACGACAGUCCAUAUCGACUUGGAAGACCGGGCCAGCAUCUCCGCAGCAGCAGAGCAGCUCGAGCGGGAAUGGGGCCGUCUUGACAUCGUGAUCAGCAACGCUGGCUACUUACCACGCUGGGAGCCGCUGCUUGACGGUGACGAGUUAGAUUACUGGAAGGCCUGGGAGCUGAAUAUCCGAGGGACUUACUGGCUUGCCAAAGCUUUCCUCCCGCUUCUAUUGAAGUGUGGCGGCGACAAGACAUUUGUGGCCAUCAGCAGUAUGGGUGCUCAUAUCCUCACGCCGGGUGCCAGCUCGUACCAGACGACCAAGUUUGCCGUUUGCCGCUUCGUUGAGUUCAUGAUGGCGGAUUAUGGUGACCAGGGCCUGGUAGCGUACGCAAUGCAUCCAGCCUCGAUGCUGACCGAGCUCGCGAGCAACAUUCCUGCACACAUGCACCAGUUCCUGAACGAUACUCCUGAGUUGGUUGGUGAUACAUUCGCGUUCCUCGGUAGCAAGAAGAGAGAUUGGCUUGCGGGACGGUUCGUCGCUGUCUGCUGGGACAUGCCGGAGCUGAUGGCGAGGGAGAAAGAGAUUGUGGAGAAGGAUGCGCUGAAGUUUCGUAUGGUGAUGUAG